CCACCGGUUUUAACGUCACCCAAUUAUCAUCUUCAAGUGCUCGCUCCAUCGCCUAAACCACCUGUGACACUGUUGUUACAGACUUCAAUGUUUUAAGUUAUGGCGGAUCACAAGAUAUUUUCUCUCCAAGCUCCUACUUUUCUGAUUUUUCCUUCUUCUCUUCACCGUCCAUGGGGUUUCUUUCAGAGAUUUCCGGGUGGAGUUAGAUUCUCGGUUUCCGAGUUCCGAUUGUCCUCUCAGCUACAAUUGGCUAAUUCCAUUUCACCUUCACAGUCUUCAGCUUCCUCUUCUUCUCCAUGUCCACCGAAGAAUUCUGCUCCGGAGAAGUUCGAUCUCGUGUCCAGCACUCAGCUUAAAGAUGGAAGCCAUGUCUUUCGGUUCGGGGAUGCAAGUGAAAUUGAGAAAUAUCUGGAGGCUGAAGAAAAAGCUAGAUGCGUAGAAGUAGAGAAGAAGCAACAUGCUAGGAUAGCAGAAGAAGCCAGUGAAGUUUCAAGGAAACAAGGGGUUAAAGAUCUCGAUCGUGUUUCUGAAUUGAAGGAAAAAUCUGAUGCGAAGAAGUUUUUAGUCAAUUCUGAUACCGAAACAAGUUUUGAGAAAGAGGAAAGAGCUGCUCCUUCCAAUCUUAGCAAUGUCAUCAAAAUUAAGGAUCGUAAACGGGCUCGUGCUCCUACUAAGAAAAAGAAAGAAACUUCAACGACGGUGAACAUAUCACGGACGGAAGGCAAAGUUGAGGCCAAAACUGUUAAUGUGUCCAAUCUAAGCUCCAUAGUUACUGUAGCAGAAGCUAUUCCUACUAGCUCUACUCAAGAAAAUGUUGUUGUUUCUGAUAAAUCUGAGCCAGUUAAUGUGAAUGAAAUCACGGUUGAGUCAUAUAAGGUAGAGCCUCUUUCUUCUGAAGUCAUGGAGGAAGUUUCAGUCAAUAAAAUAGGAGAUCAUGAGACAAAUGGUUGUCGACAAACCUCUGAUACUUGUACGGAGGUUCAAGCAAGAGCGAGAUCAUCUACUUCACAACAUAGCUCACAGUCCAAUGAUCUUGAGGAAGUUGCGCCUGUAUCCACCAUCAAAAUUGAUGACAAUUUGGCUGUGAGGGAAAAGCCUGAGAAAACUAUUCAAGCUGAGGUGAAUCCUGUAGUUGAACCAACAGCUACAGCUGCUGUGCUUCCAGAUGAACUCAUUUCAACUUCAGAAGCAACACAUUGCCAUAAUGAUGAUAUCGCUCAAAAGCCUGUAGUUUAUACGUCUGAAGAAAACCCUAUGAAAUCUUUUGAAGCUGAGGAGAAUAUUUUAGUUGAAUCUGGCUCACAGUCCCAUGAUCUUGAGAAAGUUGCGCCUGCAUCCACCAUCGAAAUUGAUGACAAUAUGGUUGUGAGGGAAAAGCCUGAGAAAACUAUUAAAGCUGAGGAGAAUCUUGUAGUUGAACCAACCGCUACAGCCGCUGUGCUCACAGUCCCAUGCAGCGUUGAUGACAUCGCUCAAAAGCCUGUAAUUGAUACGUCUGAGGAAAACCCUAUGAAAACUUUUGAAGCUGAGGAAAAUAUUGUAGUUGAACCAGAAGCAACACAUCUCAGCGCUGAGAAGCAUGUAGUCGAUACAUCUGAGGUGGAAAAUGAUGGCGAAAAUGUGGCUUCAACCUUAGGAGAUGAAAUAAAUUUGAGUGACACAAUAACUGAUAAUGAUGACAUAUCUAAAACUGCCGAUGAUACAAAAGGGGAAGAUCUCCAACUUCCUGCACCAGAAACGGCCAUUCUUGAACCCAUUGCAGUGGCUUCUGGCAGGGAAGAAGUUGUUUCCAAAGCAUUUUACGUGGACUCUGGUUUGGCUUCACUCCAAAGCCCCUUUAAGGCAUUGGCAGGUCGGGAAGAUGCUUAUUUUAUCUUUCACCACAACUGGAUAGGUAUUGCUGAUGGAGUCUCUCAGUGGUCAUUUGAAGGAAUUAAUAAGGGAAUGUAUUCUCAAGAACUCAUGAGCAAUUGUCAGAAGAUUAUUUCUGAUGAAACUGCUAAGAUAAUUGAUCCAGUUCAAGUUCUUCAUAGAGGUGUCAAUGAGACUAAGUCCUCUGGAUCAUCGACAGCCUUAAUUGCUCAUCUUGACAAUAAUGAACUCCACAUUGCCAAUAUCGGAGAUACAGGAUUCAUGGUCAUUAGGGACGGCACAGUAUAUCAGAAGUCGUCUCCAAUGUUUCAUCAUUUUUGUUUUCCCUUGCAAAUUACGCAAGGCUGUGAUGUCCUAAAACUAGCAGAGGUUUACCAUGUGAACCUGGAAGAGGGCGAUGUUGUCAUAGCAGCAACUGAUGGACUCUUUGACAAUUUAUACGAGAAAGAAAUAGUUUCAAUAGUUUGCAGAUCGCUGGAUCAGAAUUUGGAACCUCAGAAAAUAGCAGAAUUGGUGGCUGCAAAGGCACAAGAGGUGGGAGGAUCAGAAACAGAGAGAACGCCGUUUGCAGACGCAGCUAAAGAAGAAGGAUAUGAUGGACACAAAGGUGGUAAACUUGAUGCUGUUACUGUGAUCGUUUCAUUUGUGAAAAAAAAUGUUUCUACUUAAAUAUGCAUCCUCCUCAGCGACUCUAAGAUGUAAAUAAUGAAGAAAUACAGAGACAACAACAUUCUAGUUUUUUCAUUUUUUA